AUGGCUGCUCAAUUGGUGGGUGGAGCUCUUCUCUCUGCUACCCUUCAGGUGUUGUUUGAUAGGCUGGCUUCUCGUGAGGUGGUGGACUGUUUUCGAGGAAACAAACUUAGUGAUGAGCUCAUAAACAGUUUGAAGAUUGUGCUAUUAGCUAUUAAUGCUGUGCUUGAUGAUGCAGAGGAGAAGCAAAUCACAAACCCAAACAUCAAGCAGUGGCUGGAUGAGCUGCUUCCUAUGAAGCAGACGAUCUCUUGGAUGAGAUUGCAACUCAUGCUUUGCAAUCCAAGUUGGAAGCUUCAGGUUCAAGAAAUUCCAAAAGAAGGUGUCGGUGAAAAACCAUCACCAAGACCACCAACAACAUCUUUGAUAGAAGAAUCAGAGUUCUAUGGCAGAGAUGGGGAUAAGGAAGCCAUAAUUAAGUUGUUGGUUAAAGAUGAUUAUAAGGGUAGCAAUAAGGUGUGUGUGAUUCCAAUAGUAGGCAUGGGUGGUAUUGGCGAAACCACCCUUGCUCAAUCAGUAUACAACAAUCACAAAGUUCAGAGGCACUUUAACCUCAGGUCUUGGGUUUAUGUUUCUGAGGAGUUUGACAUUUUCAAGGAUGAAAGAAAUUUGGAUUUGCUUCAGACUGAGUUGAAAGAGAGGCUAAUGGGAAUGAAAUUCUUAAAUGUUUUAGAUGAUGUUUGGAAUGAGGAUUAUGUUGAUUGGAAGAACAUGAGUGUGCCUUUCAAAUAUAGGGCUCGAGGAGUAAGAUUACUGCAACAACGCGCAGUGAAAAUGUUGCAAAAAUCAUGA